AGGGAUUUCAGGCUGUGAUUCCAGCCACUGCUCCCUAACUUGUGCUGCUGAUCAUCCCCCUCCAGGAGCCCCUGGCUGUUCCCCAGGACCCUGUGGAGCCCACCCGAGAUGUCUGUUUUUGGCUUCUGGAGCCUGCUCACAGCCCUUCUCAUCCUGCUCUGCUGCCUAGGGUCCGGUGGACAGGCAUUUGAGGUAUACAUAUGGCCAGAGAAGCUGGCAGUUGAGAUCAAAGGGUCUACGGAAGUCAACUGCAGCACCAGCUGUCCCCAGCCUGAUAAGGGAGGGCUGGAGACGUUCCUGAAAAAGAGGGCCAUCGAGGACCACCACCCUCAGUGGCAGCGGUUCUUGAUCUCCGACGUCUCCCAGGACACAGUGCUCUACUGCCAUUUCACCUGUGCCGGAAAGCAGAAGUUCAGGAAUCUCAGCGUCAGCGUGUACCAGCGUCCCACACAGGUCAUGCUGAAGCUGAAGCCCUCGAGGGUAGGGGUGGGCAAAAACUUCACCAUCGAGUGCACGGUGCCAGAGGUGAAGCCCCUCCAGAGCCUCACCCUCACCCUGUUCCAUGGCAAGAAUAUCCUUCAGAACCAGACCUUCAGUGGUGCAGUGCCUGCCUCCCAAGAGGCCACCACCACCUUCAAGAGCACAGCUCAGAGAGAGUAUGGCCUCCUGAACUUCUCCUGCCAGGCUGAGCUGGAUCUGCGGUCUCUUGGUGGGAGCCUCUUCCAGAGCAUCUCGGAGCCACAGACCCUUGAGGUCUAUGGGCCUGUGCAGGACAACCAGAUGGUCAUCAUCAUCACCGUCGUGUCAGUUCUGUUGUUCUUGUUUGUGACAUCUGUCCUGCUGUGCUUUGUUUUGGGCCAGCAUUUGCAUCAGCAGCGGACAGGUACCUAUGGGGUGCUAGCUGCCUGGAGGCGGCUGCCCCGGGCCUUCCGGGCACACCCUGUAUGACCUGCCUAGCCACCAGCACGGUAAUACUGGAACUCAACAUGACUUCAGCCCUGGUUGAAGGACUGUGACAGCGGCACAUGACUUUGGGGACACUCUUUUCUAGCCUAAAUACAGACCCAUGGACAUAACCCUGUGUUCUCCAUGUCUGUUCCUGCAUGUAGAAGGC